GCAAGGACUUGGCAACCCUGUAACCGCUCCAUGUGUUGUUAGCUACUCACCGCUAGCCUGUAUGCUACUAUUGAUUGAUUUGUCAAGACCCGAGCCUCUUUUCUAAUAAAAUCAAAUAAAACACAGGGCUUUCACAGACACAUAUAUCGUUUGCCAUUGAUAAAAAUGGCAGCGAUUGCAGUAGCGGAAAACACUAGAGUCUUUCUUCUGGACAUUGAAGGAACAACGACGCCCAUCACGUUUGUCAAGGACAUCUUAUUCCCCUUCAUCAGAGAGAAUCUGGAGGAAUAUCUGUCUGCACACUGGGAAGAGGACGAGUGCAAACAAGAUGUGCAUCUGCUCAAGAAACAGGCUGAAGAGGACUUGCGGCAGAAUAAAGCGGGUCCAGUGCACGCAGUGGACCAGACGGUCCACACAGACGAGGAGAAGGCCAUCCGUGAGGUGGUGGAUAACGUGCUGUGGCAGAUGGAUGCGGACCGCAAGAGCACGGCGCUCAAGCAGCUGCAGGGACACAUGUGGAGAGCCGCCUACCUGACCGGCAAAAUCAAAGGCGAGGUGUAUCCGGACGUGGUUCCAGCCGUCAGGAGGUGGAGGCAUCGGGGACUGAAGGUGUUCAUCUACUCCUCCGGGAGUGUGGAGGCACAGAAGCUGCUCUUCAGAUACUCUGUGCAAGGCAAUCUGCUCGAUUUGUUUGACGGUCACUUUGACACCAACAUUGGCGCCAAAGUAGACAGUAAAAGCUACGAGAACAUCGCCGAGAGGAUCGGAUGCCAGCCAGAGGAAAUCAUGUUCUUAACGGAUGUCACAAGAGAGGCGAAAGCAGCCGAGGACGCCGGGGUGAACGUGGUUGUCGUCGUCAGACCUGGAAACAUGGAGUUAACCGAAGAGGAAAGGAAACAUUAUACAGUCGUCACGUCUUUCAACCAGUUAGAACUGAGCGACAAUAUUUGACAUCGGAUCAUGUUGGAAUAACCAGUGGUCACGAUCCGCUGGACUGAAACUCCAGGAAUCCAGGUGCUUGUUUUUUUUACACUGAAACCCAUCGUAGAAUUAUAAUACACUUACAUUCUCUUUGAAUGUUUUAUGUGCUGCGUUAAUGUCUGUCUCCCCACACACUCAUUAUAACCUGCCACCUGGACACAGGUUUAGUGUGACUGUACCUCAUGUCAAGCGCAGUCGGAUAAACCUCAAUAUUAAAUGUUGUUGUAAAAUUUUAUUCCAAACGGACACAUCGAACAAAUCACAUGUGCAACAUUUAGAUACACCAGCAGCCAUGUCUG